AUGGACAGCCGUCAAACCUAUAGGAGUGGAAAACAAGUCUUACAGAAUAUUACCAAGGAAGAGUUAUCUACUGGAACAGCAUUGAUUAGAACUAAAGUUGAUACUUGGAUGACAUUUGAAGAGUAUGAAAGAUUAACAAGUAAACAUGCCGGCAAAUAUCGCCAUCACAACAGAAAAACAGAUCCUAAUGCUUUCUGGCCUGGUCAGUUAUUACAUAAACUUAGAUUGUGUAUGCCACCAUACGAUUCGGCCCCUCAGCUUCAUCCUACCGGUCCUAUAUUCACAUCAGUCAGACCAACACGGAAAACUAAUCCUGGUUAUGAUAAUGAUAUCUCAUACUGGCCAGUUAGUAAUACUGGAUAUAUGCAGAAUGGCAGUAUUGAUAAAUAUUAA